AUGGCCGAGUUCCCUUGCCCCCGCAUCAACGAAGUGCUGCCCCCCGUAGCACCUGCUGUGGUCAUAUCCACGACAGUGGCGCCCACCGUGGGGCAUGGGACAUCCGGCCUCCGAGCUGCGGCGAGGCCCUACUCGCCAAUCCGCCGGCCGAUCGCCUCCGACAGGAUGAUCGCCACAUGCAACUUCUUCCACAUCCAGCUGAGCUCCUAUCAGCCGGCCUCGUCGCCCCUCGCCCACGCUUGGAUGGUGCCGGUCGGCACGGUCAACCUCUUCGUCGGGCUCGCCAGCAUCAGCGACCCCAGCGAGGCUCGCCCCGGUCCGCUACACGACCCCUUCGCGCUAGGGCAACUCCUUACAGCCACUCGCCCCCUCUCCAGCAGCGCACACGCCGAGGGAGAGUCGGCUCUGGAGGACGACGCCGAUUCAGCGGCAGCAGUAUCGGUCGCUGGAUCCAUCACUGCAGCAUCAAUGGAAGACUCCAUCACCCCGGUCUCCCACCCGAGCAACUUCGAGGAUAAAUCCAUCCUCCCCUUCUUCGACUCCGAGUUGGAGACCGACUCCGUCGAUGCCCCGCGCUACCAAUACCCGAUCGCCAUCUUCAUGGCGGGAGGCGAUGAAGUGCCUCCAAACGAUGCCUUCUCCAUGCCCCUCCCCGCAACCACCAACGCGACCGAGAUCGAGGCGCAUCGGGCGGCCCUUGAGGAGCAGAGGAAAAAGGAGCUCGCCGAGCGGCAGAAAUUCCGCCUCGAACAAGACGAGGUGAGAGCUGUGUCUCACUACCGUCAAGAGCGCAACCAUCUGCGCAUGGAGCGCGCCCUAGCACAGGGCUUCCCCAGCGCCCGCCACAACUUCGACGAUCCGGACGGAGAGGUCCGGGUCGCCCAGGUCCAGAAUCACGGCGUCCCCGAGUCGAGUCGGGCCGCCGCCGGCAGAGUAGCGCACGGCGCGCCGCCACCACCACGACCACCACCACCACCACCCCCCCUCCGCCCGAAGCUCCCCGCGCGGAGGUCGACGCUAACGGCCUACUCCUUCACUCGUCGCCAGUCGACAACGUUGCGGCUGCACAGGCCGUUCUCGCUAGACUCCCUGAAACGGGAGUAG